AGAAAUGGAUUCCUCCCGGAACCCAGAAAUGGAUUCCUCCCGGAACCCAGUACCUAGGUUCCAUGAGGAACCUAGUAUGAUGAAGAUUUGAAGUUGAAAAAGAUGGCAGAUGCCGAGGAUGAGAAUGAGGAGGAGGAUAAGGGUCCAUCUCCGAUACCUACCAUGGGGGGGUUCCAGAAUGGGCGAGCCAAACGUAAACAUAGACACAUCCUUGAUUCUGCUCGUGCUCGUGCUCUGCUCAUUUCAUCUUCUUGUCUAGAUCGAUUUUGGGGUGAAGCUGCUCUUACAACUGUUUAUCUCAUUAAUCAGAUUCCAUCUUCAGUCAUCAAUAGUAAGUCUUCAUACGAAUGUUUACAUGGUAUUCCUCAUGCCUAUAAUCUUCUUAAGGUGUCAUCUUCUGAUCAACCUCCACUUUGUACUGACCCUUCUAUUGAGCUAUUUCCUAGUGACCUUGAUGCAGAUACAUUUGAUGAGCUAUAUGAUCCCUCUCCACAUGCUCCAUCUAGUUAUAUAAAAGAUGCUCUGCCUACUGGUAAUGCAUUAGACAAUAUUGAGUCUUCUUCCAUUCCUUUUUCUGUAUCACCUGUUGGAUCAAACCCUGUUGAUAUUGAGCUCGAAAAUGAGAUCCUUAAUCCACCUUCAACUCAUCCUACUCGGGAAUAUGGGAUUGAUUAUGAGGAAACCUUGGCACCUGUUGCUCGUCCUACUUCAGUUCAUAGUUUGAUUACUAUUGCUGUUGCAAAAGGAUGGAAAUUGUUUCAGAUGGACGUGAAAAAUGCCUUUCUAAAUGGUGAUCUUAGAGAGGAAGUUUACAUGCAACCACCUCCUGGACUUGAGCAUCCUCCAAAUAAAGCUUGUCGAUUGAAGCGAGCUCUAUAUGGUUUGCCACAAGCACCUUGAGCUUGAUUUGCCAAGUUUAGCACCACCAUCAGUGAAUUUGGUUUUUGCUUCUAGUCCUCAUGAUACUGUGUUGUUCAUACGCAAGACUAAUCAUGGUAUGGUUCUACUACUUCUUUAUGUUGAUGAUAUGAUCAUUACUGGGGAUGAUAUGAUCAUUUCAAGUAUUCAUGAUCUUAAGCAAUUUCUCAAUCAUAAGUUUGAGAUGACAGAUCUUGGUGUUUUGAGUUAUUUCUUAGGACUUGAAGUCACUUCUUUUGAUGCUGGUUAUCUUCUCUCUCAAACAAAAUAUGCCUUUGAUC